AUGCGCGCCGCCACUCUUCUCGCUCUUCUCCCUUUCGCCGUCGCCGCCCCUUCGGCCUCGGUGGCCCGCUCCGCUCCUGCUCCCGUCGUCGUCCCCCGUGGCGGAAAGCAGAUUGACGGAAAGUACAUCAUCCGCAUGAAGCCCAGCUCCAUCUCCACCGCCGUCAACUCGGCCAUCGACUCCAUCAAGUCUGCCGCCGACUACACCUACGACAUCGGCUUCCAAGGUUUCGCCGCCAGCCUCGAGUCCAGCGAACUUGAGCUGCUCCGUCUAAAUCCCUACGUCGACUACAUCGAGCAGGAUGCCGAGGUCACCAUCCAGGAGACCCAGACGGAUGCCGACUGGGAUCUCGCCCGCCUGUCCAGCAAGGAGCCCGGGGCGUCGGGGUACUCGUACGACGAGUCGGCCGGCGAGGGCACGUGCGCCUUCGUGCUCGACACGGGCAUCGACGUGAAUCACCCCGAGUUCGAGGGUCGGGCCACCUGGCUGGAGAACUUCACGUCGGACCCCAACGAGGACGGUCACGGCCACGGCACCCACUGCGCCGGCACCAUCGGUUCCAAGACGUACGGCGUGGCCAAGAAGACGUCCCUCUUCGCCGUCAAGGUCCUCGACAACCAGGGCUCCGGCACCAACUCGGGCAUCAUCAAGGGCAUGGAGUACAUCGCCAAGGAGGCCCCCGGCAAGGACGGCUGCGACAAGGGUUCCGUCGUCAACAUGUCCCUCGGCGGCUCCUUCUCGCAGGCCGUCAACGACGCGGCCGCCGGCAUCGCCGACGCCGGCCUCUUCCUGGCCGUCGCGGCCGGAAACGACGGCGCCAACGCGGCCACCUCGUCACCGGCCUCCGAACCCAAGGCCUGCACCGUCGGCGCCUCCGACCAGCAGGACAAGAUCGCCAGCUUCUCCAACUUUGGCAACCUCGUCGACGUCUUCGCCCCCGGCGUCGACAUCCUCUCCACCGUCCCUGACGGCCAGACCGAGAAGAUGGACGGCACCUCCAUGGCCUCCCCCCACGUCGCUGGCAUCGGCGCCUACUUCCUCGGCCUCGGCCAGAAGGUCGACGGCCUUUGCGACUACAUUGCCGACAAGUCCAUCCACGUCGUCACCGGCGCCCCCAACGGUACCACCACUGGCCUCAUCAACAACGGCUACUCUGCCUAA